CUGCUCUUUUUCAUCAGAAAUCGCUACUUUCUUUUUGUGAAAGCGUUUCAAUAAAGCGUCUUUAUUUGUUCAAAUUAUUUGUGCUAAGUGCAGUCAAAAAUAUUGUUCAACAUGGCUCCUGGUAUUGAAACAUUCAUCAAUGGCUUUCAAAACCGCUUGGAACUGCCAGUACGUCAACACCUGAAGAAUGUGUACGGCACGCUCAUGAUGACGACCGCGUCGGCUUCGGCUGGCGUGUACGUCGAUAUCUUCACAAGCUUCCGGGCUGGCUUCCUCUCUGCCAUCAUCGGAGCUGGCCUCAUGCUCAUGUUACUUGCUACUCCUGACAAUGGGAAGAAUACAAGCCUGCGUCUAGGAUACUUGUUGGGAUUCGGCUUAACAUCCGGAAUGAGCAUGGGUCCAAUGCUUGAGUAUGUCAGCAUGGUGAAUCCAGCAAUCAUAAUGACAGCACUGCUGGGCACCACAGUGGUGUUUGUGUGCUUCUCCAUCACCGCCAUGCUGGCCGACCGUGGCUCUUACCUGUUCCUUGGAGGCACUCUGCUCACUAUGCUCACCUCCUUGUCUCUUAUGAGUCUAGUAAAUCUCUUCAUGCAGUCACAGAUCCUUUAUCAGACCCACCUGUACCUUGGCCUCCUACUAAUGUGCGGGUUCAUCCUAUUCGACACCCAACUGAUCAUCGAGAAGCGCCGCAUGGGCAACAAGGACUUCGUGCAACACGCACUGGAACUAUUUAUUGACUUCAUUGGAGUUUUCAGGAGACUGGUCAUCAUUUUAACACAGAAGGAGGAACAAAACCGUCGCCGCAAACGUGACUAAACAUUUACAAUCAAAUUGAAAAAAAUUAUGUGUAUUGGGAUGUUGUGUACUUCAGGUGUUUUGUUUGUUUAAUAUUCAUUUAUGUGUUAAGAAAUUUAUAAGUUUCA